AUGAGUUACAGGUCUCAUGUAUGUUGGGAUGAGGUUGGUGAGAGGAAGUUUCUAGGACCUGAGCUAGUAAAGACCAUGGAUGAACACAUGCAAAUAGCUCAAAACAGGUGUAAAGAUUUCAAGUUUGAAACUGGCGACAAAGUGUUAUUAAAAGUGGCAUAUAUGAAAGGUGUUUUGAGGUUUAGAAAAAAAAAAGGGAAGCUAAGUCCACGAUUUAUUGGGCCUUUCGAGGUCUUGGAGCAGAUUGGCCUUAUAGCUUAUUGGUUGGCAUUGUCACCAUCUCCCUCUUCAGUUCACAAUGUUUUUCAUGUUUCGAUGUUGAGGAAGUAUGUGGCAGAUCCAUCCCAUGUGUUAGACUUAAAACCAAUACAGUUGAACGAGAACUUGAGUUGUGAUGAGAAGCCUAUUUAA